AUGUCCCAAUUUCGAAGUUCGUAUGGGUCUCAUGGAUGCGAACCUUCGACCUCGUUUCAAGCCGAACUUUCGACUCAUCGCACUUCGUAUGUCUCCAACUGCUGUUUCGAUAUUUUUUCUUUAUUUAGGAUACAAACUUCGUUCAGUUCCUACUCGACCAAAGUUAUACCCAACUUGCCAACAAGAUCGUCGGAUACGACAAUUCGUCGAGGACCUUCCACUCCUCCCUUGCUCUCGGAGACAGGUGAUUCGGAGCCUUUGCCAUGGCGCCGAGUUCUCGGGCGCAUUGAGGAUUGUCGAGACCAGGAGAGCCGGAAUAAAUAUAAACAGCAGCUGGAAAGGUAUGGCAAUCAUAAUUUCUCCGAGAGGAAGCGGCGAGCCCUGAUACAAGGGAAGGAUUUGUACGGCGACUUGACCAACAUCUUCAAGGAGCCUGAGAAGGAAUGGCCAUUGAUUGAGAGCCGAAUUUUCGGGGAUAAACCCCGAAAAUAUUCGUUUGUCAAUAUUAUGGUGAAAGAUAGCAAAGGCAACCUGAAGGCGACCAAAAGAGUCAACGGAAUUUGUUUGGAAUAUCCGGAAUAUACGCGAGAAGAAGUUUCGGAUCCAAGAAAUCAAAAUUCGUUGAGGAAAAAUGUCGCUAAAGAUUAUUUGGUAAGUUUUGGUGCCUAUUUUUUGAUUGAAACUGUAGAUGACUGAUGUCAAAAAUAGUAAUGUUUGCCUCAUCGUUGAGGUAAAAAAGGGCCUGUAUUGUAAUUUUCAAACUGUUUGCGAGCAGUUGUUGGUCAAAAAAUUUCAUUUUUGCCCAAGGAUUUACCUGGUGUACCUAAAACAAUAUAAAUUUUGAUUUGUUGUUUCUUCAUGGUGUUUUCACCCAUUUUCUAUAUAAAAUGUGUUUCUAGGAGCUCGAUAUCGUGAUUGAUAACAGUUUUUGUGCCGCUCCGCCUCGUCGUGAAGCCUGUGUUACCCAAUUGAAUGAUAAUGUUCGAGAAGACUACCUCCUCUCCGUUUGCAGGUACGUAUUUCUUUUGUUUUUGUGUUUAGGAAUGUGGUCGAUGACUUGAUUCACUCAUUACAGCAAGUUUGGCCAAGUCAAUUACCUCCACAUUUACACAAAUCCCGACGGAAAGUCGCGGACCCAUUUGGGAUUCGCCUUGAUCGAAUUCGACUCGGAAUCAGCGUUGAUGGAGUUUGUAAAGUGUUAUACGGAACGACCAACUAUAAUGGGAUUCCAAGUCAAGGUCUUUGUGGACACUCUGGGCUUCUGGGCCAUUGAAGAGUAUAAAAGAGUCACUGGAUUCGACGCUCCUUUACCUCCGAGGCACGAAAAUCUGACGGAUCCGAUUGCCAUUGCUAGAAUUAGACAUUUGGUUAAGGUGGAAAAUCGCGAAAAUAAUAUCAUCGAUAGCCAGUAUGCUUUGGAGACUAGUGUAGAUACCUCGCAACAUAAGGGUAAGAGUUGAAUUUUGUGUUUUGGAUAUUGUUUUAGGUGAAGGUUGGAGGUUUUAAAAAAAUUGACAAAAAGUUUUAAUUUUUGAUGUCAGAGCGAAUGUAAAAUCAAUUUUUCGGUAUUUUAGAAGGCCCUACAACCCCCGAUCUACCUCCGUCAUCCAUCAGAAAAGGUCCACGAACCCCCGAACCAGUGGAAAGAAGAAGAUCCUUGUCCAGAAUAUCCUCAAGAAGCUCUGUCUCGCCGGAUUAUCGAAGGAAAAACAAAUACAGACAUAAAUCACCGGACAGAAGCUUCUAUGGACGACGGGACAGGAAACGCCGGCGGUCUUUGUGCUCGGAGAGCGCAUCUUCGGACUCGGAAUCACAAAAGGAACGGUUUAAUCGGAGGAAAAGUGCGAAGUUUGAGGCCAAUAAUGGUGUAAAAGGCGAUAGAAAGAGGGUAAGUGGGAUUUUAAAAUGUGAUUUGGGGAGAAAAUGCGGAUUUUUUUGUGGGAUUUUGAGGUGUUUUGUCAAAUACAAUAUAAAUUUUUAUUUUUUUCAAUUUUUAGAGGGAAUUUGUAAGCGAUAUGUCGUUUUUGAGGCUGAAUUUUCAUUUUCAAUACUUUUUUAGCGAUCCCGAUUCGACACGUUGGAGCGCGCACCUUCCCCGUCCUUCCAAAUCAAGCCCGAUCCGGACAGCCAAUGCUCCCAAAGCUCGACCGUCCCCCGCCCCAAACUCAUCGACCCAACCAAUGUUCCCAAAGAAGACUAUGCCGACUAUAUAAACAGCCAGGAAGGCAUCUUCUGGGACCCGAAAGUCCCAUUUCUUUGGAAAGAUUACCCUCUGCAGUACUUUAAUCGCUUCGCGACUGCCCAAGAUCAGGCCAAAGUCAUCGAAUAUGGAUGGCAACAGCAUCCCGGCGAUGUGUUAAGGUUCCCCACGUGUCAUAUUCAACUGGGAUACGCAUAUUAUACCACCAAAAUUAGGUAUCCACAACCUCCCGUAGACCAUAUGAAGGAGAAUGUGGACCUUGCCAAGCAGAGCUUGAGAACGGAAAUGCUUUUCCAUCUAACACAAGCAGUGGGACAGCUGAUCGAGCAGAAAUUGUACCUGGAAAUGGAAAAAAUGCACAAUGUUUAUGAAGCGGAGAUGGUAAGAAUUUCAAAAUUUGAUUAGUGUUUUCAAUUUUUAGAAGAAGAAAGACGCCGAAAAAGCAAAACAGAAGGUUCAGCUACGGCAAUUUGAUCUCGAAGCAUACCUUGAAGGCCAAUCGAGAAGACAGUCGGUGUUUGGAUCAGUUUCGGUAAGAAAAUUAUAUUGUUGUAGGUACAGUGGGGGACCUGAUCCAGUCAUCCAAAUUCGUCUUAUAAUAUAUACAACUUGCAUUUAGAGACAACUUUAUACAGUGGGGGACCUGAUCCAGUGGCAAAAAACGUACCAUUUUGCAUCCGGGAAGUAUCAGAAAUGUGGCAAAAUGCUUCCCUCUCCAAGUGAAAAAACUUCGUUUUGAAGGGCGCGCCUUUUUUCCUCACAAAAAGAGCGGGCGCGCUUUUGAAAUCGGAUUUUCUCACUUGGAGAGGGAGGUAUUUUGCCACAUUUUUGAUACUUUCUGGAUACAAAAUGGUACUUUUUUUGCCACUGGAUCAGAUCCACCACUGUAUAAAGUUGUCUCUAAAUGCAAGUUUUAUAUAUUAUAAGACGAAUUUGGAUGAAAUUUGGGGUGUCAGAUGUGGGUCUUGCAAUUUGAAAGGGGUUGUUGUUGAAAAUUGUAAUUUUUUUCCAUUCCAGUUCAACAAAAACAACAUUGUCGCCAAGAAGAAGGAACGCAAAAGUCAAACAUCCAGGCGCAGAGACGGAAAAAGAAGAGCCGUUCUCAGCGAUUCCGAGGAAUUCACGGCCGAUGAAGAUGCCAUGGACGAUGCAAACUCGGUUUCUUCAACGAAUUCGAUCCGAAAUGACAUGUACAAUAUAAAGUCGGAGUCCCCUUCGUCCGGAAUUCAAAGCCCAGCCAACCCGGAAGACCGGGGAAUGUACUCGCCGACGCCUGGGCCCACGGUAAAUGGAGAAGAGGUCCAAAAAACAAUAAAAGAAGAGUCGGAUUCGGAUGAAAGUCUGAUUUUGAAGACGAAUAAGAAAAAGAGAACCACCAAAGAUGUCGCCGUACUCACAAGCACCUCGGAAAGCGAAUCCUCGGACUCGGAUUCGAGUGAAUCCGGCUCUUCCAGCGACUCCUCCUCCUCUUCGGAACCUCGAGUUUGCACUAUUGAAGACGCUGCCAGAGCUUUUGAGGAAUCGAGAAAGAAAUCCGUCCCGUGGAGAACGGAAAAUGCUCAGAAGAAGGAUAAGGAAGCAGAGGAAGAAGAGGAAUCUCAGGAAGAACAGGAACAGGAUGACGGAAUGAAUGGAAAUGUAUUUUUGCAAGGGUCAAAUCGCAUCAUUAGAAAGGUGGACUACUGCGAAAAUGAUAGCAGCAACACGGAGGAGCACGAGAGCGACUGGGAAGAUGCUGGAGGAAAGAAAAAGAAAAGUGAGUGGGGACAGGGCUAGUGCAAUAUAAAAAAGUAGAGUUUUUGAAAUAAAAUUGAGCGAAAAUGUUAGUAAAAGACAGGAGAGGGCUAGUGCAAUAUAAAAAAUUUGUGAUUUUUGGUGAAAAUUGAGAUUAGGUAGUAGAAAAUGGGCUAAAAAACCUAGUACAAUAUAAAAAAGUUGAGUUUUUGAAAUAAGAUUGGGCAAAAAUUUUAUCAGAAGAACAGGAGAUGGCUAGUGUAAUAUAAAAAGUUUGUUAUUUUUUGAUGAAAAUUGUGUCUAAGUAUUAGAAAAUGGGUUUAUAAAUCUAGUACAAUAUAAAAAAAUCUAAAUUUUGAUAACAGAGUAGAUGAUAAAAAAUCUCGAUUUUUCAGAGAAACAGACAAAGCGGACGAAAAAAUCCAGCGAUGAAGAAGGUCCAGCACCGCCUCCAACAAUCGCAAAAGCUCCGAAAACAACAAAACCAAAGCCAGUGAGACGACAGAAGAAAGAAACGGCUCCGAAAACAACGAAGGCCUCCAAGAAAGCCCAAGAAAAAGCAGCAAUUAAAGAAGAAGUGAUCUCGCAAGACGAAACCAGCCAAAAUGAAAUUGAAAAACGACCAAAAACACCGACUGAGCCGAGCAUUCGGGAGGAAAAUGAUGAAAGUAGCCAAGCAAGCGCUGCUUACGGAAGUCAGAGCUCAAGUAAAAGUCCGGAGGAACCGAUUUCCAGAAAAAAAUCAUUGGAAAGCCCCGAAAUUGAAAAUAAUGGAGGUGUUUUGGAGAGUGGAGUCCCUGUAGAGAUCAAGGAAGAGCCAUUAGAGCCCUCAACCUCGGAAGUUCGGAGAAUCAAAUCGGCGGAGACGGUGUCUUCGGCAAGCAGCUCCGACUCGGAAUCUUCCUGGUCAGAAGACUCAUCCGGCUCGGCGGCCGACAAAUCCUCGGGAUUCACAUCGAAAUCACAUACCCCAUCGGUGAAAGCAACCCCUAAAUCAGCAAAUACUCCGAACCCAGAGCCCGGACAACCUCAAAUCACACAAGCUGAGCUCCUAAAACAACUCCAGCAGAAGCUGAAGGAGAAACAACAAGAGCUCCUCCAGCAGCAGCAGCAAGACCAGAAACCCGUAACGUAUGAUCCAAUGCCAAGGUCAUGGUUUCAAGUACCAGUACAUGAGAAACGGAAGAGCAUCGAUGAACGGUUCUAUCAGAAGAGGGCUGUGGAAAUGAAGCCAAAGGAGAACAAAUUUAGCAGUGUGAAAUUCAAAAGGAGGUCUCAGCAUGAAGAAGCGGAACUGUUGCACAAGGUAGGUAUGGGAAAUGAGGUUUAGUGGGCAUGGGGAGCUGUGAAAUGGAAGGAAUUGAUUUGUUUUGAGGAGUUGGGGGUUUUUUGGAUAUUGUAGUAGGUUUUUUAAUAAAUUUCUGAAUUUAGCUUUAUGGAUUUGAUUAGAUUAAUUGUUUUCUCAUAGUAGAAGUCUUGAAGAGCCUAGGGAUUCUUGGAAUAGUAAUUUUCAGUUUGUUUUCUAGGUUUUAUGAACACUUUUAUAUUACACUAGACAAUUUUUGAUGAUUUAUUUAAAAAUUUUUCAUUUUUUACAUCAUACUUGACUUUUUUAGGCCAUGGACGAAGAAGAUGCCAUGUACGUGGCCAAUGUUGCCCAAGAACACCGCUAUCACUUCUCGGUGGCGUCAGAAUCCCAGAAACAUGAACUUUUCUUCGCGAAUCCAUUCACCUACAAUAGAGUUGAUGAAGAGACGGGAUUGGAAAUGCAAAAGAAGCAGAGAAGAAAGGAUGCCAAAGAAGAAUUAACUUGCGCAAGAAUUAGGGUUUAUGUCAGAGGACAGAAGAAACACACGACUCCGGCGAGGGAACAGGGCAUGUUGGAGAUCACGGAUAAGGAUGAAAGGGCCGCUAGGAAUCGACAAGAACGCUCGAGGGAACUCAAAAUGCUCCAAAGAGGACUGUUCUCGAGUAUUGGAGACAAAAGUUUGGUUAGGUCGAAUAAUAUGUUUGUAAGUUGGGGUUUUUGUUUUGUUGAUUUUAGUUGCUAAAACAAGGUUUUCGAUAGAUUUUUUUGGUGAAAUUCUUAAUUUUAGCUGUAAUUGAGGUAUUCCAUUUAGUUUUUAGGCCAUUUUGCUAAACGGAAUUUGAGAAAUUUCAAAAAUUUAUAAAAAUUUGCCAUGGAUAAUAUAAAAUAAUGUCAUGUUUUUCUUUCAGUUCCGCCACAAACAGCUCAAAUUCGCCCGCUCCAGAAUCCACGGAUGGGGCCUGUUUGCAGUGGAGGAUGUGCAAUCAAAUGAACUCAUUAUUGAAUACGUGGGAGAACUAAUUAGAUCUACAGUAGCAGACGCCAGAGAAGUGGGAUACACGAAACGAGGCAUUGGAUCCUCGUAUCUGUUCCGAUUGGACGCUGAUUUUGUAAGGAUGAGAUUGUUUUUGAAGGGAUUGUUUAAUUUUGAGGGGGUUUGUGAAGAUUUUUUUGCGGAAAUUUGUCAUGGAUAACAUAAUUUAUGAUGAAUAUUUGAUUUAUUUUUUGAUCUUUAGGUUGCAAAUAGGCGUAGUAUGAGUUUAUUGGUCAUAUUUUUAGAUAUUUAGAGGAUUCUUGGUGAUUUUUAGUAAAAAAAAAAUAUUAAAAUUUCCACGGAUAACAUAAUUUUUGAUGAAUUUUUGAUUUAUUUUUCAAUUUUCAGGUAAUUGAUGCCACUAAAUCAGGAAAUGUGGCCCGAUUUAUUAACCAUUCAUGCUCUCCCAACUGUUAUGCCAAGAUUUUGACAGUAGGUACCCAAAAGAAGAUCUGCAUCUAUGGGAAAAGAUUCAUCUCCAAGGGCGAAGAGAUCACCUACGACUACAAAUUCCCCUUCGAAGAGGAGAAGAUUGUCUGUUAUUGCGGCGCCGAGAACUGCAGAGGCUCCCUAAAUUAA